GCCGAUGAACCGUCUAUCUCGUUGGACGUCCCCGUCGUUGUCCGGUCCGGCCACCACGCUAUUUUUAAUACGCGCCAAUCCGCCGAGUUUCAGUGCGAUCGAGAAUGGAGUCUCGCCGACGGUCUCUAGGUGAAUUUUUCGCGUCUCGAUAAUCGCCGUUGAGGAUCGGAUCGGUUUUCAGUGUUGUGAUCCAUCCCCCGAAGAGGUGUCGCGGUAUUUAUCGAUUACGCCGUGCCGAAUUCGUCAGUGACAAGAUAAAACAAAAAGGCCAAAAUGAACUUGAUGUUUAGAAAAAACUUCAGGGAGCAGAAGAGCGGGGGUAUAGCCUCCAAGGUGGGGAAAACAGGAGUUGGACGACACAGCAGCAAGAGAGCCAGUAGAGAGCAAGGAUAUUCGCCUAUGGAUGAACAUCACUACAGGACCCAUUUGUUCUUCAGUCCUCCUAGACCCAGCCAUAUAGCAGACGAAGAGGAUGAACCAUCGUCAGGUAAUAGUAUUUUAAAGAUUGGACUUCACACACUCAUUUUGACUCUACACACAGAACCACGUUGUGGACCAAUGACAGGGGCAGGGGGCGAGCCCCUGAUGCAAUCAACCAUAUCGCCGCCCAUGACAGAAAGUGAUUUUCCGCAACCCUUGGUCGUUCGCAGUCCAUCGGUUUCUAUGCUGAAGUGGCCGCAAACCCCUUCUCCCACUAAAACUACCCCCACAAGACAAGUGAGCUUCAAUAAUUACGGAAAGGACAAUAUUAAUGAGAACAAUAGAUCGCUAUCGAAUUUAGACAGGGACUGUUUCAUCAUUCCUGUCCAUAGUCUGGACAGAUUUCUACCAGAGGGAGUUCCCAUGCCCAAACCCCUGCCGAAUGGCAAUAGUCCGGAUAAGAAAAACUCCAAUCUGCACGUAAUGGAGGUUCCAGAUCCAAAACUAUGCAUCUUGUGCCAUCUGAUGAGUCCCCUAGAGCCAGUGGACCCUGUUUUAGAGUCACCCCUGGUGCAACCCUUGUUCAAACAGAGAUUGACAGCCGGAGAAUUAUUCAACGAGAUCGGACAGUCUAAGACUGCCUUGACGGGGAUGCUGCUAGCGAACAUGGAGAGAAAUUCAGAAUUCCCAUUCGUGACUUAUUAUGUGAUAAACAGCAACCAAACGAAUCCUGUGAUGUUCUACAAUAACAUUCGCACUGCCAGCCUUACCAAAUUCGAUCCGAGAGCCAUCAAAUACACGGCUGCUCACACGUUGGACCUAUACACGGAGGUGGCGUCCAUAUGUCGUCCGCCGAUCCACGAGAUCGGCAUGUCCCUCUCCAAGACACACACGCCAUCUACCGGAUACAUGGUCUCCGUGUACAAGGUGUUCGAAGGCGAUGACAGGGAAAAGUUCGAGAGGAACUGGCUCUUCUGGACUGGCGCAAGGAUGAUUUAUAGGUAUCUACCGCCAGCUGCAGGCCUGAAGAGGAUAUCUCUUCAUAAGUCAGUUAGUCCGAAGGGAGACAAAAUGUAUUUGCUACUUUGCGAAUGCUCGAAUUUGCUAAACGACAUAACAGUUUGGGCUUUGCUUCUACCAGCAUUGAGGGCAAGGUUGACUGGUUAUACAGGGAUCUUCAAGCCUAUACAGACUUUCUGAGUGAAAUCAUAUCUUCGAUUAUGACCAUUUUAUUUUUUUAAGGUGUUGAUGAUUCGUGACUGUGACUUGUAUGAUGAUAAAGUGUUAUUUUUGUUAAGAAGCACUUGAUUAUUUUAUAUUUAUUAUAUACAUUAUUAGUAUUUUAAAAAUUAGGUGUUAAUGUUAAGAACUAUUUGAGAGCUUUUUAAGUAGCAUACCCCUUUUUUGAGGGCAAUUAGUUCAUUUCAUCAACCAAUCAUCGUUAGAUUGCUUAUAUAAGAUAGCAAUUGAAAUGCCUUAGAGAGUAUCUAUGAUACUGUAUCAUAAAACUCAGGGUUUUCAUUGGUAGAAUUAUUUUUCAUUGUGCCUGUAAUAUAAAAGAUAGGUUCUGAAGAUAUACAUCAGCAAUAAACUUGGAUCCACAUAUCGUUAAAGGAACAAAAAAAUUCAAACACGUAUAAUAUAAUAAAUAAAUGAAUAAUAUCAUAUACAGAAUGAAUCUCUGAUUAAAACAUUCGAAUACCAGAUGGGUUAAAGAGGAUUUUCAAACUGAUGAAAUGUUUUAAUCAGAGAGGAUUCAGUUUUUGAGUUGGUAUUUUGGUGUUUUAUCAUUUUGUCGUUUUACUAUACAAUUGGGAUGAAAUAGGGAUUAUAAUCAACAAUUUUAAGAAACAGUCAUGCAUAAAAAGACCAAUAAGAUGUGCCUCUAAAAUAUGUUAGGCUGAGCAUUUGCCAAUGAAAUCGAUUUUACCUUUCUGAUGAGGAUUUCUACGAUAUACAUACGAAAUAAAAAAACGCCUUCAAGAUAGAGAAAAAAUUCGAAUUCGCACUUAUCAACAUGAAUCCUAACGUUGACUGUAGUUGGUCUGUGUCAGUUGAUCCAAAAUACUGUCAAAUUUGAAGCGACCAUCAUCUUUUACCCUAACUAUUAUUCUUAAAAUUUACCUUAUAAGUAGAUUUAUAACAUAUCAUCAAGUGUAAUAACCAAAAGAUUUAAUUCCCAAAACAAAAUUCGUAAAUAUUACUUUGCCCGAUUUUUUUUUGAAGAAAUUUAUAGUUUUAAGUAAACUGUUUAUAUUUUACGAGUUUAAUUGAUAAUACAUGUUAUUCUGGAUGAAGAACAUUGAAUAAAAUUUCGAAAAAUUCA